AUGUCCAAAGAAGGUUAUAGUGCCGAGAAGAAAGAAGGUGAUAGUAAAGUAGUGUUAGAAAAGUUACAAUCUUAUCUAAAAGACAAAAGAAGUUUAGAAGCUUCCGAUCCAAGCGUUGGCUAUAACAAACCUAGUACUAGCUACGAACAAAACCCUCCUCCGAUUCUUGGUGUUGAUAAUAGCAACGUAUUAAGAGAAGUUUUGAACCAUAAAAAAGCUGAAUUACUUCGGCAGCCUGAAAUAGUAGCAUUUUUAAAAACUCUAACAUCAGAUCUUAAAAAAACCUUAUCAACAGAACAGAAAAAA